GACUCGUGAUCAAGAAGACGAGUGGCCUAGGCUAGUGACUUCCAUUGCACAUACCGGAAGGGUGCUUAGCCUAAGGUCUUCCCAAGUGGAAGAGCCUACGUCAUUAUUUGUGGCAGGGGGGUUUGCGUUCGCGCAACCCCCACCAGUCUUCCAGUAUUUAAUUUUUUUGCGAGUCAAAACCUUACAACUGGCUCUGAUUAUAAUAAAUUCCUUCAUAUGCUGCUUAUGAAUAUGAGAAGAAGACUAGUUUCUGAGUCGAAUUAAAAACAGAGGGAGAAACAAAAGGUUAACAUCUUAAUGGGCUCACAAUAUCGUGAUUGAGGCCCAUUAAGAUUCAGUUUUUUCGAACUAAGCCCAAAAUUAUAUAUAUGUGUAAUUAACUUUCCUUUUUACUAAAUCCUACUUAUUAAAAACGUUCUAAACUAUCAGAAAUUAAAAAUUUGUGGAGCUUACUGUCUCGUCGGAGAAGUUUAAUUCCGUCGGCGAUCCUCUGAUCAAUUACACCAGCUUUGAGAAGCUUCCGCCGUCGUUUAUUCACAAUUCGUUCUACCUUCAUUGCUCUUCUCUGUAGUGAAACCGCGAUCCUGUUCAGAUCUAUAGCUUCGGAUCCGAAAAGGAGGCUCGAAAAAAUCCUAUAUUUGGUUACUGAGAUUCUUCAAGAGGUUUUGAUUGAAACCUGAGCUGAUAUGGCGACUCGGAACCGCACGCUCUUGUUCAGAAAGUACAGAAACUCUCUGAGGAGCGUCCGUGCUCCGAUGACGGAAUCGAAAUCCGGCGUAGGCCCGGUGAUCGAGAUGGCGAGCACAUCUCUAUUGCAUCCCAAACGCUCCUACACUCCAGUCAGUACCGAAGAUCCAGGGACCUCAAGUAAAGGAGCAGUGACAGUGGGGUUACCACCGGAUUGGGUUGAUGUCUCCGAGGAGAUUUCGGUGAACAUUCAGCGCGCGAGGACCAAAAUGGCUGAGCUUGGGAAGGCUCAUGCUAAAGCUUUGAUGCCUUCGUUUGGGGACGGUAAAGAGGAUCAGCAUCAGAUCGAGUCUUUGACGCAGGCGGUUACUUUCUUGUUGAGGAAAUCGGAGAAGCAGCUUCAGAGGCUUUCUAAAGGUGGACCUUCUGAGGAUUCGAGUGUUAGGAAGAACGUGCAGCGGUCUCUUGCAACUGAUCUCCAACAACUUUCCAUGGAGCUACGCAAGAAACAGUCUACUUAUUUGAAACGCUUGAGGCUACAAAAAGAGGAUGGAGGGGAUUUAGAGAUGAAUCUAAACGGAAGCAGCUCUAGAGCAGAAGAUGAUGACUUCGAUGAUAUAUUAUUUAGUGAGCAUCAGAUGAGCAAGAUCAAAAAGAGCGAGGAAAUAUCUGUAGAGAGGGAGAAAGAGAUUCAGCAGGUUGUUGAAUCCGUAAACGAGCUCGCUCAGAUAAUGAAGGACCUUUCUGCGCUUGUGAUAGACCAGGGUACGAUAGUUGAUCGGAUUGACUAUAACAUCCAGAACGUUUCUAGUACAGUUGAAGAUGGUCUCAAACAGCUGCAAAAGGCAGAACGUACACAGAGAAGUGGAGGCAUGGUUAAAUGUGCGUCUGUUCUUGUCAUCCUCUGUUUCAUCAUGCUUGUUCUCUUAAUCCUUAAGGAGAUUAUCUUCUGAACCAAGAAACAAGGUUGAACCCUCAUUUUUUCAUUCUUUUAUGAUGGGAACCCCACAUUUUUGCACCAAUUGGUCUGAAGAGAAAUUCGAUUGUGUUGUCUUUGUUGCUCCAUUGCUUUGCUACAGAUUUUUCUGAUACUUUAGUUUCUUAUCGCACUGUUAUAUCAAAGCAUGUUUCCUGAGGUUCACAUAGGACAGUAAUCACUAGUCUAUUGUAUUGAGUCUUUGUAAGUUUCUGGAUGUUACCUAAUUUUAUAAUGGUUUAUUUACAUGUAAAGAAGAUUUUAACUA